AACACAAUGACUGGUGGGCCAAAAACACAUCAGCCACAAGACGAGGCGAGUUUUAUAUCAAAGAUUUUUAUUUGGUGGAUUUUCCCGCUUCUAUGGAAAGGCUUUCGAAAUCCUCUGAAUCACGAAGAUCUAUAUCCGAUCAGAGAAGUGGACAAAUCCGGUCAGCGGACUAACCUGUUAGAAGAAAAAUGGUGCGAAGAAAUAUUAUCCGAGCGGAGUCUGGGCAGAGAACCUAAACUUUGGCGGGCAAUAUUGAAAUACUACACUUUACAGGAAUAUCUCUUUUUUGUGCCCCUUGUUGUAGCUAGUCUCUUGGGCGAUAAUAUAGUUUGUUUUGCAACCAUCAAUCUGUUGCGUCAGCUCACUAAUUUCUAUGACAACGAGUCACAUGGUGAAUAUUUCGUCUACAUCUACGGCAUAGCGAUUGGGUGUUUGAUGAAGCUGAUUGGUCAAAAUUAUAUGUACUUUCACGGAAAUGUUCUAGGAGUGCGAGCACGUGCAGCCAUUUUGGGUUUGCUGUAUAGAAAG